CUUGGUUAGGUCUCAGUGUGCUUGCUGCUCUGUGGACUGUCAUAUUGGGCUGCAUGGAUGCUCCCUUUCGGCAAGACCCUUUUGGUAAGGGCGGUGGCCGGUGAGGCCGGCAUGCCGUUCUUCUCUUGUGCGGCAUCCGAGUUCGUCGAGGUGUGUGUGGGCAUUGGUGCUUCGAGAGUUGGGGACUUUUUUGAGAAGGAGAAGUCGAAAGCAACUUGCACUGCAUUUAUUGAUGAUAUCAAUGCGGUAAGGAGGCAGAGAGGAGCUGAUCUUGGAGGAGGGAACGAUAAGAAAGAGCAAACAUUGCCUGAGAUGGAUGGUUUUUGGGGGAAUUCAGGUGUCAUGGUAUUGGCAGCUAUGGACAGGCCAGAUGUUCUCGAUUCAACUUUGUUGAGACCUGGGAGGUUUGAUCGGCAGGUUACCGUGGACAGGCCUGAUGUUGCUGGAAGAGUGAAGAUCUUUCAGGUGCAUUCUCAAGGUAAGUCACUUGCCAAGGGUGUUGACAUUGAAAAGAUUGCGAGAACUCCGGGAUUUACUGGGGCUGACUUGCAGGAUGAAGUUAUUUGCUUCUUAUGGUAUACAUGGCAACAACUUUUUCUUUGACCGGUUUUAUACCUCCACGAUAAUGUAAUUAUGGAUGUUGUGUAUGAUGAAAAUUAUGCAGAGGCCAGGCACGCUUUAGUUUGUGCGCUGAUGCCUGCAUAUGAUUCUGUAGCCAAGAUAUCCAUCAUCCCCUGUGGCGAAGCCGGAGGUCUUAUCUUUUGCGCUUCAAGUGAGAGACUUGAGUCUGGGCUAUACAGAAGAAGCUAUCUCGAGAGUCAGUUGGCCAGUGCACUCCAAGUGAAGUUGCCAGUUCUGGUGACUGGUUAGCAAUUCUAUUAUGCAGGGUCGCUGAGAAGGUGAUAUAUGGGACCAAGAAUGUUACAUCAGGAGCUUCCAAUGACUUCCAAUGACUUUAUGCAAGUUUGUUGUGUGGCAAGGCAGAUGGUUGAAAGGUUUGGCUUUAGCGAAAAGACUGGUCAAACAGCCAUUGGUGGACGAUUUUCUCUUGGUGAACCUGGUGGAAAUCCCUCAUUGAAGUAAAUUCAUUUUAGGUGCUUACCCAGUCAUCUAGUAUGAACAAUUAGACUUUAACCCACCUGAAUCGCGCUGAGACCUACAGUAUUUCGCA